AAAAAUAAAAUUCAAGUGUAUUUACUACGUAUUUUUUGAGUUUUACUUUAUAGCAAUGGCAAAUUUCACUCUCUCCUUUUCACUUCUCUGCUUCACUGUCCUGCUUUUUUCUUUCAACCGCGGUGGAAUUUUAGCUCAGGAUGUGCCUUUUGCAAAGACAUGGUGCGUGGCGAAACCGUCGGCUGCUGAUGUAGAUCUGGAGAACAACAUUGAGUUUGCUUGCAACCAAGUUGGUAUUGAUUGCAGCAUAAUUCAAGAGGGUGGUCAGUGUUACUAUCCUACUAGUCUCGUCAACCAUGCUUCUGUUGUCAUGAACCUCUACUUUCAGAAAGCCGGUCGUUCUGCCUUUAACUGUGAUUUCUCUGAGACUGGCCUCGUUGCUGUUACUGAUCCAAGCUAUGAAGGAUGCCUCUAUACCUUUGUGUAGUGGACCGGCGUCACAUUAUAACUAUAUAAUUUAUUAACGAAUAAAUUUGUGUUUUAUCUAGCUCUAAUGGAAAUCAAUUGUGUGUUACAGAGAAUAUGAUGGUUUUUAUGUGACUGAAUUAACUAUAUAUUGUACGAAAACAGUGUAACUAUUGAUACAUUGUUGUAGUUCAAUGGAAAUUGUUAUUCAAC